AUGACCAGUCCACACACACACACACAAGGAGAAGGAGGGUUGGUAGUGUGCGUGUUUGUGUGUCUUGAACCUCCCACCAUUCCUCACAUUUCAGUCACGGUAAUUAAAACACAUCGGGAUUGUAUCCCAUUCCCAUGGGUAAAAGCAAUAGUUAUUAAUAUCACGGAACACACACACACAUCACCAGGAGGACAAAGUAAACGGCGGCAACACAGAGCCCAGACAAAGCCUACAAACAAACAAAGAGGACACUUCCCUUACAAAAUGAUGGUUUGUCAUGUGAUGAGUGCCAUAGGGAGUCCAAUAGAUUUGUUCAGCAAAAAAUGCAAACAAGAGAUUUAUCGAACUGAAAAAAGGAACAUUAAAAUUCAACCAAAAAGAACAGCACCCUCACAAUGCAUCAAUAUCCACUCAAAUAAGGGUUAA